UUAGAAUCAUGGCUAUUGGAAUAGUAUUUUCUUUAAUACUAAAUAGUAAGAGUCGCUGAACUGACAGCUGUUGAACUCAAAGCAACUCUAGCAAAACGCCGCAUUUUUACGUAAACUUAUUCUAGCUUAUAAAUUCAACAAGUUAUUAAUGCAAAUAGUGUGAGAAAAACGUAGAAACAAACACGAUUAAGAACGCACCUAAGAGACAAAUCCAAUUCAAAAUGAUCUACACGACGUCGCUGCUGUCGCGAGGCUCCAUCUUCGGUUCGCUAAUAAGCAAAGUCAGGCAAGUUGUAGCCAAAAAUGCAGACACUGCAAAUACAAAUCCAAUCAACAAUCACCAUUUCACACCUACGCCAAAACCAAACAGACCAUUGGCCGCUGCCAGCCUGAGCAACAGUUCGGCGCUGCACUCCAAGACACUGGAAGAGCAAAUCGGGCUGCCUCCCAGGCCAAAGAAGCCGCUAACUCCAUAUUUUCGCUUCAUGCGCGAAAUGCGACCCAAGAUGCUAGCCAGCAAUCCAAGUAUAACGACUAUUGAGGUUGUACGACAGCUGUCGAAGAACUGGGUGAAUGCAGAUCCUAAGAUGAAGGAGCGCUUGCAAUCAGAGUACAAAAGGGAUCAGGAACUGUAUGUAGAGCAACGUACCAAAUACGAAGCAACGCUAACCGACGCACAGCGCGCCGAAAUCAAGCAGAUGAAACAAGACAUCAGCGAUGCCAAGGAACGCAAACAGCUGCGUAAGCGUGUCAAGGAGCUGGGCCGACCCAAGAAACCAGCCUCGGCAUUCCUUCGCUUCAUUGCCAUCGAGCGUACAAAUACGCCGCAAACAGAGCAGCAAACGUACCGCGAAUGGCAUCAGAAGGCAACAGCCAAAUGGACGCGCCUCUCCGAUGAGGAGAAGGCCGUCUACCUGAGCGAAUCGCGCAAAGAGCUCGAUCAGUACAAAAAAAGUAUUUCGAUUUGGGAGGAGAAAAUGAUUCGUCUGGGCCACAUCGAUGUGGUGCGUCAUGGCAAUCUAAUCGAUCCGCCAGAGCCCAAGCACCGCAAGCCUCAAGCAGCCAAAGAGAAGUAGUCUGACUUGACCGUCUAUCAUCCGCCAUCACAAUAUCAUUUGGGUUUUUUCUUAUGAAAAUUUGUUAAAUGCUUCACAUGCCUUCAUAACUAUUAAAUAAGUCAUUUGCUUUAUCCCUAUUACAUGC